AUGCCCCCGCCUAUUGGCGAUGCGGUCGGCGAUUUUGGACCUUUCCUGUUCGUGUGCUUCGUCAUUUGGUAUGCCGGUUUACGUCACGUAUGGCCAGCAUUCCGACCAUUGCCGCUCGAGUUUGGCAUUGGAUGGCUUGGUCUUUGGUGGAUCGGUGUCCUUCUGGAUGUCGUGUUUGCCGAUGUGCCACUCUCGCGUUUGACGGGACACGAUAUUGCUCAGCAGCCAGGUGCGCUGACGUCACUGGUGAUUAUUGUGGUUGUGGUCAUUUGCCUGGCCAUUAACCAGGUCCGCGUUAUUCGCAAUGCAGGCGUACUGCCCAAGUUCCUUACAUUGUACAUUAUUGCUGCCAUCAUCCUUGGUCUAUGUGCUGCGGUACCUAAUGAGGUUGUGCGUUUACAUCAUUAUAUCAUUGCGCUAGCGCUCUUGCCAGGCUGCUGUUUCCCUACGCGUGUUUCGAUGCUGUGCUGUGCCAUCCUAGUGGGCAUGUUUAUCAACGGUGUAGGACGCUGGGGCUUUGAUGGUCUGCUCCAGGAUGAUGCAGUGGUGCAAGGCGAUGCGACAGGUUCCUCCGCCUUGCCCGAAUUUAGUGCGUCACAAGAUCAGCCAGGCGUCAUCCAAUGGAUGCCCAUCCCAUCGCAUCUGACCGAUACGUGGACAGGCUUUUCGCUGCUGGUGGACGACGUGGUUCGUCAUGUGGGGCCUGGCACGUCUUACAAUUUGACGUCCUUGCUGGAUACUUUUAUGACGGAUACAUCGGAACGACUCCCUGCGACUGACAUCCGGUCCACAAUUGAAAACAGUGUACAUUACAUUCGUCUCGCAUAUGCUUCCAUGACAGGGACAGGUGAUUUUACCAUGCCGGCUCUGGCAUGGCUCAAUGGAACCUUUGUUCCACCGCCCCCCGGUCGUUCAUAG